AAGGAAACGCUCCUGGGAGCCUGAUAAGACGCCAGCAUACACCAGCACCCUUUCUCUAUCAUCCUUCUGUUUCUUCCUUUCGGCAGUCGAUCUACAGGGAGCAGAAUGAAGAGCAUCCAGUAUUUGGCUGGACUUUUACUCCUCAUCAUUGUACAAAGCAGUUGGCAAAUUCCCAUCGAUGACACAGAGGAAAAUUCCAGUGUAAUGUUAGAAGAUACGCUACUCAAUAAUCCAACCUACAUGAAGAGGCACUCAGAAGGAACAUUCUCAAAUGAUUACAGCAAAUAUCUGGAGACCAGAAGAGCUCAGGAUUUCAUACAGUGGUUGAUGAACUCAAAGAGAAGUGGUUCCCACACAAGACGGCAUGCAGACGGCACAUACACCAGCGAUGUGAGCUCAUACAUGCAGGACCAAGCAGCCAAGGAGUUUGUGUCCUGGCUGAAAAUGGGGAGAGGGAGAAGAGAGUAGAGAAGUUCCCUUCAGCAAAAGAGAAGUUCUUUAUACCUUUUACACAGGAAAGAGACAUUCUGCAACACUCUUUUGGACCAUCCUAUUCCAUCACACCAUAUUUUAUAAGGAACUGUGGUGUCAUUGCCUAAAACAAAAUGUGUUUGAAAUAAAUCUCUGCUGAAUCUAAGCACUGUGAUAUAA